ACCCUGCACCUAAACAGGAAGCCGCCAUUGUGUGCCGCCGCACAGAAGGUCGCGGUCGCACACAGCAAUGGCUGGUGCCAUCUCCGGCACGCAGGCAGCACAAACCUAAUCUGAACUGCAUACAGCGAUCUACUCUAUCUCAGUCAAGUCUCCCGAGCAACGCGUCGCGUGGCUUCUGACUGUCUCCAGAUGCUCAAUCCACGACUGCACGGGCUGCACGGGCCACACGUAGCGCGAACCAUCCCCGUGUCAACAACCUCGUCUGCUCUGAUCCUUUCCGUCUUGCUCUGUGCUCCAGGCCAUGUCGCGCGUGAUUGCGGCAUGAUAUCGAGCCAUAUUCGUCGCACUACAGGCAUCACCAGGUCCAUUUUUCCGCCGAACCAUUCAAACACGGCAGGUGCCUUGAAUGUACCUAGGUACCCUCGGCUCGCUGGCUGGGGGCUCAACGAACCGCCCCUUACGGACUAUCUCCACUUUCGGCCAUUUCCUGGAUUAAUUCGAUGGCGGAAGAUUAAUCGUGCUGACGCCAAACUCGAGAAAGGCUUCGCCCUUACUGCCACAACGACCACAGGUACCACCGGUCGGUCGAUUCAGCGUCAGCUACAGGCCUACGAAUCUACCGCUGGCCUAUCUAGUAUCUUGCGCAAUAGGUACUGAUGAUUCCGAUGGCGCUGAUAGGCUCAACCCUUCACCACGGUCUGCCUGCUGCCGAAUGUCCUCCCACCAACGCAACUUCAGCCAAGCGGGGCUGCGCUCUGCGGGUCCAUCCACUUGGAGUUUGAGAAUGGACCCAGCGGCGCCAGACUUGUCAUGCAAUCUUGCAUCGCC